CUCUAGCCCGCCCACUCGGGGCGGGAGCCGGGCUGGGUGCCGCGGUGUCGGACGCUGCCGCGCGCGGCGGAGAUGCUGCAGGUGCGGCCCGGGCUGUACCUGGGCGGAGCGGCCGCCGCGGAGCCGGGCCGCCUGCGGGAGGCGGGCGUCACGGCCGUGCUGACGGUGGACGCGGAGGAGCCCGACCUCCGGGUGGAGGGCCUGCGGCGGCUCUUCGUGCCCGCACUGGACGGGCCCGAGACCGACCUGCUGAGCCACCUGGACCGCUGCGUGGCCUUCCUGGGCCGGGCCCGCGCCGAGGGCCGCGCGGCGCUGGUGCACUGUCAUGCAGGAGUCAGCCGCAGCGUGGCUGUAGUGACUGCUUUUCUGAUGAAGACCGACCGACUUACCUUUGAAAAAGCCUAUGAAAACCUGCGGACCAUCCAACCAGAGGCCAAGAUGAAUGAGGGUUUUGAGUGGCAACUGAAAUUAUACCAGCUCAUGGGAUGCGAAGUCGACACCCGCAGUGCAAUUUAUAAGCAAUAUCGUUUGCAAAAGGUUACAGAGAAGUAUCCAGAGCUGCAGCGCUUACCUCAAGAGCUCUUUGCUGUUGACCCAACCGUGGUUUCACAGGGAUCCAAAGAGGAGGUUCUCUACAAAUGUAGAAAGUGCAGGAGGUCUUUAUUUCGAAGUUCGAGCAUUUUGGAUCAUAAUGAGGGAAGUGGUCCCAUAGCCUUUGCCCACAAGAGACUGGCGCCAUCUCUCGUGCCCGUCACGGGGAGCCGGGCUCAGUGCACAUCCUAUUUCAUUGAGCCUGUGCAGUGGAUGGAACCUGCCCUGUUGGGAGUGCUGGAUGGGCAGCUCCUGUGCCCCAAAUGCAGUGCCAAGUUGGGUUCUUUCAACUGGUACGGUGAGCAGUGCUCCUGUGGCAGAUGGGUAACCCCUGCUUUCCAAGUCCACAAGAACAGAGUGGAUGAAAUGAAAACGCUGCUGGUUCUGGCAUCACAAACAAGGAAAAUGUGAACUUGUGACAUUUGAUAUCUGAAAGAGAACUUGCCGGAUGGGACCUGCUGCUUGCUUCUGGUCACUCACACGGAGUGCCUGCUGCUUAGACUGGCAGCAUUUCAUCUGAAAUGUGAGAAGAGGAAAUCACUUGAUGUGCCUUGGACACUGUUUAAGUAGACUACUUCAUAUGGAAAUAAAACCUUUUUUUCCCUUUUAAACCCUUACCCAAGGAUACGGUUUUUUUUAUUGAUUUGAGAGAGAGAGGAAGAGAGAGGGGGAGAAACAUUGCUGUGAGAGAGGAACAUGAAUUGGUUGUCUCCAUACGAGCCCUGACUGGGGAUCAAGCCUGAAACCUAGGUAUGUGCCCUGACCGGGAAUCAAACCCUCCUCCCUUCAGUGCACAGAACAAUGCUCCAGCCGGCUGAGCCAGGGCUCAAAACCUCUUAAUCAUGUAAGUUAUACUUUAUUUGAUAAUAACAUCUAUAACCAGA